GUUCUGCUACCACUCUACUGGGCUGCAGAUGUCGGCAGGAUUCCAGUGCUCUGAAAACAUGUGGAAGUUUAACAAGGAGUCGCUGGGGCUGGGAUUGCUGCGAGAAUUGGUAGGAAAUAAAAGCAGAAAGCUCGCUCCUCCUGCUCUCUAGCAUGGAUGUCAUCCCCCCGAAGGAUGGGAGUCACGGGAAGAAACUCUCUACCUGCCUUAAUCGCCCCAUGAGCAAAGAGAAUCAGCUGAGAUGGCAAGCAACACAUCCUUCAGGAACUGUACCGAUCCCCAGAUGUCCUUUCAGUCCACCCUAUAUGCCACCACAUACACCCUCAUAUUCAUCCCUGGCCUCCUGGCAAACAGUGCUGCCCUGUGGGUCUUGUGCCGCUUCAUCAGCAAGAAGAGCAAAGCUGUCAUUUUCAUGAUCAACCUGGCUGUAGCUGACCUGGCUCACGUCCUCUCACUGCCCUUACGAAUGUAUUACUACAUAAACCACAGCUGGCCAUUUGGAAGCUUUCUGUGCCAGGUGUGCUUCUACUUGAAGUAUCUCAACAUGUACGCCAGCAUUUGCUUCCUCACCUGCAUCAGCAUCCAGCGGUACCUCUUCCUCCUGCAUCCCUUCAAAGCCAAUGACUGGAAGCGGCGGUACGACACAGCCAUCAGUGCUGCUGUCUGGCUCUUUGUUGGGGCAGCGUGUUUACCCCUGCUUGUAGUCAGGAGCCCAGCCUUGUCCAACAGCAUAAACACAUGCUUCUCAGACCUGGGGGUGAAGCAGCUGAGCCCAGGAGCCUCCAUUGCACUGGUGACAGUAGCAGAGCUGUUUGGGUUUGUCAUCCCCUUCAGCAUCAUUGCCUGCUGCACUUGGAAGAUGUGGCAGUCCCUGCGGGAGGGUCCAACUCAUCUGCAAAACACCAGUGAGAAACAGAAGGCUUUGCGCAUGGUCUUGAUGUGCGCGGCCGUCUUCUUCAUCUGCUUCACCCCCUACCACAUCAUCUUUCCUUUCUUCAUGAUGGUGAUAGAGAACAUCAUCCAGGACUGUGCUAUUCACAGGAGCACAUUCCGCUUCCACCCCAUCUCCCUCUGCCUGGCGAGCCUCAACUGCUGCCUGGAUCCGGUCCUCUACUACUUCAUGACCUCUGAGUUCCAGGACCAUCUGCUUCGCCACAGCUGUGUCACCCUGCGAGCUUGGUUCACACACCGUGGGAACCUCUCCAUCGCCGAAACCGGCCAUGACAUUCGCAUGAAAAGAAACCUUCCACGCCUCAAGUUUUUGUCUCUUCCCAAGUUCUUUGGCCGAAUAAACAGCAUGGAAAUCCCUGCCAGGCCACCUGACGAGCUUCUGCUGGAGUCUAUCUCUUGAAGAACGUAAGCCAAUUUCUGUCCCUGUAGGUGUUUCUCAUAGCUUGGGUGAAGAUUGUGUUAGGUCUCCAAAUAUGUCAAGUUACCCUUGUGUGCAACAGAUGCCAGGAUCUGACGUAGAAGGACAUUUUAAUGCAAAAGACUUGCUGGUUUAGUUGUUGCUGCUGAGGGCUGUUUGUCUCACAUAGUUCUCUGAUGUGAUGUUAAAGUACCCAAAACAGUUGUCAUGAUGCCAGUAAUUCUCCUGUGCUGAACUGCAGCCAAGUUCGGGUCCCUCGUUUCUCUUGUGUGAGUGCUUCUACAUAUUUGCCAUUUCUGAAAAUCCUUCUGAAUCCUGAGUUGUAAGCAGGCAGCUCAGCCUCAGCACAGCUUGGGCAGGUAGCACUGGGGGAGUUUUGGACCCCAUCUGCAGAUACCUGUGGCCCACGAUGACUUAAAACAUGCUCUGUGCUCACACAAGGCUCUAGAUCAGGACAGUUCAUUAUCUCCAUCUAAACUGAACCUCUUCUUAUUGCAAAAAUAUCAAUCACCUGGACCUAAUCCAGGCUGUAAUGCUAUAACUUUACCAACAUAUAUCAAGCAAAGAGUAUUAACCUAUAUCCACAUUAGUGUUGAAAGGAGUUUUCAAACAAACCAGGCUCAGCUCCCACUACUGAAAAAGACACCCAGAGCCAAGCAAGGGAGUCUGCCUGGCUCCUGGGAGUUAUGGGAUGCUCAACUGAUCAUGGGGAAAUGAAUACUUGGAAGACAGACAGUGACUGGAUAUGCCAUGGAAAAAAGAGGAAGGAUGAAGGACGUCUCCCAGAGUACAUUUACUUGCAGAGACCCAGGGCAAGCCACAGAAGGGAGGACUAGUAGUUGGUGUUGCCAUGUCUUGUGUUGUUAUUAGGAGUCUUGUGUUAUUUGGCAUUUUGCUAAAGCCUGUGGUUGACAGAUUAAGAUGUUAUCCAAGCCUCUCAGUUUUGCUUUAAAAACCAAAAAAGGUCCCAGCCUUCAGUGGGUACUGAGAAAAGUUUACAAAACUGACCCAAAUGCAUCCUUAAAGCUUCAAACUUGGGAGGAAAUAAAAUGAUCUCAACACAUA